UUUGUCUAUCGGUACUAGGUAGUUAUCGAUAACCAUAACCUUAUUGGUUCCAAAGUUAUGUACAUUGAGAAUUUCGAAAGCUUCAAUUGCCAUCCCCCACAUGCCCACACCCUACACUCUUGUCCUACAUGUAACCAUUAAACUUCACAUCAAGCAUCCUUCCUCUCGCAAUGGGCGGCUUAAAUCUAGAGGUCUUUAAGUUCGGCAUGUACGUCAUGUUCCCGAUCGGCAUCAUGUACUAUUUCGGGACGAACCUUGACGAGCGCUUCGCCGUGCCCGAGUUCUGGCCCAAGCCUGAGCAGGCCAACAAGGUGCCCUUCGACAGAGAUGAGAUAAACACCGAACUGCAGCGCCUGCGCGCGCGACGAUUAUAUCUAAGGGAGAAGAGGCUUGAGAACGAAGCGAGACAGGCGCCGCCUUCUUCUGGUGAAAACCAGGAGGGCCACGGGUCGUGAGAGAGAAAGAGGUUGAAGACUCGUAAAGAUUUGCGACUGGUGCAGAGUUCGUAAAACAGGCGCUUCAAACAUGAAUGCUGAUGAUGAUGAUGAUGCGCAUUGAUUUCGGUGGCGUUUGGGUAACCAAAAUGAAUCAAGAUAGGAUCACGGCGAUCAGAGCAUCCCUUGGGCUUACGCUUGAGUAUAUGGCAACAAGGCGCACCUCUCUCCUAUUCUUAGAGACGGGAUUGGUGGGUAAGACCGUUUGCGGUAUGCAUCGUACGGCCGCCCGUGUAUAAUAAUACAGUCUACGUCUAUUUAUUGUAACCACUAUCAUCCAUAUGGAUAGGUUAUGUGUCGAGGUUCUCCUCUACCAAACUCCAUACCUCCUCGGUUACAUCCCCUCGUUCGACAUUCGCACUACGGUGCCGAGGUUAGCCAUCAGGAAUGCUAAGGUAGCUCAUAAUCAUAUGCACUUACUAAA